AUGCUCACCGUUCACCCAUUGCGUGGUGAGCGCUAUGAGAAAGCUGUAAUUACCUCCCCCACUCGAUUCCAGAGCUCCCCGCAUUUGCUCCUUGAAGCUCCUAUCGACAAGACUCCUUUCGACAAAUCCCGGAAACUGAACAACUCGGUCCUCCUUACUAUUGACCUCACUACGGCUGUUGCCGAUGAAGCCAUUGAAAAGCGUCACUCGGUUAUUGUCGCAUACCACCCAAUCAUCUUCCGCGGCCUGAAGUCCCUUACCUUCGCCGACUCCCAACAACGGUCCCUCCUCCGCCUAGCGCAGCAUGGAAUCAGCGUCUACUCCCCGCACACAGCAGUCGACACCGUUCCCGGCGGCAUGGCCGACUGGCUCUGUGACGUAGUGACAGGAAACUUUAAACCCGUUAAAGAAUCCCCGAAAGCUACCAUCGAAAACUGCAACUCAAGCAUGUACUCCGCCCCAACCUACCCGGAAUCACCCAUCCCCGCAGUGCAAGCCCCAUCUUCGCAAGGACCGGCGCACACCAGAUCCACAAUCCACCCAUCUCCGCCAGCCUCGAUCCCGGAAGGAUUCGAGUCAGCCGGCGCCGGCCGUCUGGUGACUUUCGCCAAGGAACAGCCGCUCACUACCCUGAUUGACAACAUCGCCUAUGGAAUUGGCCUGCCCGGCGGUAUCCCCAUCGCCAUCCCGCAAGGCAUGUCUGUUGAUACUAUAUCCAUCCGCACAGUUGGCAUGUGUCCCGGCUCGGGCUCGGGCGUGCUCCUCAAAGGUGAUGGCGAGCUUCCUGAUCUCCUCCUGACUGGUGAAAUGAGUCACCACGAGGCUUUGGCUGCCACGGAACGUGGGUCUGUUGUUAUUUCGCUUUCGCAUACUAACUCGGAACGUGGGUAUCUGCGUUCGGUGAUGCAGCCUAAAUUGCAGGACGAGGUUACGGAGCAGUGGAGUAAGGCUUUCUUGGAUUCUAUGAAGGCUAUUGACGACGUUACUAAGUUUGGUGGGCUUGCACCAUCGUCAACUGCAUUACUGACUCGGGACCUUUAUAAGGAGAAAGGCGUUGCUUGGGUUUCUGUCAGUGAGGCUGAUCGUGAUCCCUAUGGUAUUAUGAUUUGGCGUGGUAACUAG